GUCGAGCACAGCUGGAUACAGCCUGUCACCAACGAAGUCCUACUUCUCUCUCUCCCUGUUUUUGCCUUCGUCUCUCUCUCUCUCUCGUCUCUCUCCCAGAGUUAGGGUUUGCGGAUCUCCUUCUCCGUCGCUUAGAUCCUCCGUCUCUGCUCCUCGGAUCGGGAUUCUCCUCUGGUUGCAGAGCUCGGUUUGUGGUGGUUCGACAAAGAUUUUAUUUGGAGGGGUGAGCUGAGAGAGGAAUCUAAACUAUAAACCUAUAGAAGUGUUCCUAUUAUAGCUUCACAAAGUUUUCGUUUGUUAGUGUAUGUAGGUGGUACGCAGAUUGAACGCUAAGAGUCAGAUCACAAAAGCCCUUUUGUGUGAUCUAGACUACAUUUUUGUAUCUACUUCAACUGCUUAAAUCUGCUGCUGUUGUUGAGAGGUCCUUGUUCUUUCCAUAUGGUUUGAAGUUGAAGGUCGAUCUUCUCCUUAUUUGUUGAUGUGUUAGCUACUGAUCUCUGAUUAGUCUGGAGAAGAGGCACAUUGACUGCUAGAGAACUUGCGUUGUCCGUGCUGGCAGAGAGCAUGCGUGGUUCCUGUGAUUCGGGUGAUGCCCCUGACGAAAUUAGCUUCCGAUGCAUUCGGCGUGGUGACAAUAUGCCUAGUCGCCCUUCUCAUUCUCCUGGGUUUACUUUGCAUCGCUUACUCCUUCUAUUUCCAAUCGCAUGUCCAUAACCGAGAUUAUGUUCAGCUUGGUUACUUCAGUGGUCCUUGGAUUAUCCGAAUCGCUUUCAUAUUGUUUGCCAUCUGGUGGGCCUUUGGUGAGAUUUUCCGAUUAAGUUUGUUGAGACGGGAUGGAAGGCCAUUGAACUCGCUGGAUCUGCAAUGGCAGGAAAACACCUGCAAGUGGUACAUUGUCUCCAAUCUAGGGUUUGCAGAACCUUGCCUGUUUCUCACCCUCGUGUUUCUCCUACGAGCUCCCUUGAAGAUGGAGACAGGGACCUUGACCGGAAAAUGGAACGCAAAAACAGCAGGGUAUGUGAUUCUGUAUUGCCUCCCAGUGUUUGCUCUUCAACUCGUGGUUAUCAUAACCGGAUCACGCAUACACAGAGAUGGCAGCGGCUAUUUGAGAAAGCUGCCAAACUAUUUCACAAGAACAUAUUCCCGUGUUAUUACAGAUCAGGACAGGAUAACCCUUUGCACGUAUCCUCUCCUAAGCACCAUCCUUCUCGGUGUCUUUGCGACUGUCCUAACGGCUUACUUGUUUUGCUUUGGAAGGCAGAUACUGAAAUUGGUCAUUAAUAAGCGUCUGCAGAAGAGGGUAUACACAUUGAUAUUCUCGGUCUCGAGUUUCUUUCCAUUGAGAAUUGUUUUGCUCAGUCUGUCUGUUCUGACGAAUCCCGAGGACAUUUUAUUCGAAGCCCUAGCUUUCUUGGCUUUCCUGUCUCUAUUAUCAUUUGCAGCGGUAUCCAUUUUCUUGCUUGUCUACUUCCCGGUUUCAGACUCCAUGGCCCUGCGGGGAUUGCGGGAUUUGGAGGAGCCAAUGUCGGGUCACGAGGAACGCAGUGGUGCGUUGUUACUUGGCCCGGAAACUUCAAACACAGAGGGGAGUGUGGGAAUAAGAGAAUGGCCAAGGCCGAGCUAUGUGGAACUCGUGCAAUUUCUCGAGUCCGAGAAAUGAUUAUGAUCAUUUUUGCCGUCUUGGUUCUUGUUGGAUGGCAAAUGUACAGAUUCCCGGUAAGACAAAAGCCUGGCUUUUCGACCCCCCAAAAAAAAGCUUCAGAUGUUCUGUCGGAAAAAAAAUGAAAGAAAACGAAGGGCCUCUCUCAAGUUUUGUGGUAGGAAUCUGAGAUUUGUAAAGUUGAGUUUUUCUUUUCCUGAUAUAUUAUGGUGUGAAAUGUUCUUGCUUGAUGGAUCAUCAUCAUCACCAUCAUCAUAGUUUACUUUUUUUUUU